UCACUACAUUUUUUCUCCAUCCUUAGCUGAAGAAGCUCUCUAUAGUACACAGGGAGGAUAUAACAUCUCUAGGGUUUCUAACAUGGCUUCUCCCAAAACCACAACCUCAAUUGCUUUGUUCUUCUGUCUCAACCUUCUCUUCUUCUCCCUUGUCACUGCUUGUGGCACAUGCUCUCACCCGGUAACAAGGCCAAAACCGAGCCCGGGUUCCAGUGGUCGUCCAGGUUAUGGUGGUAGCCCAGGGUCUGGUGGAAGCCCAGGGUCCGGGAGCAGCCCAGGCUCAGGGGGUGGUCCAGGUUCCGGGGGCAGCCCAGGCUCGGGGGGUAGUCCGGGCUCUGGGGGCAGCCCGGGCUCAGGGGGUAAUCCAGGCUCCGGAGGCAACCCGGGUUCAGGGGGCAACCCAGGCUCUGGAGGCAACCCGGGCUCAGGGGGUAACCCGGGCUCCGGAGGCAAUCCUGGUUCCGGUGGCACUCCGGCAACUGGCGGAGCUAGUUGCCCUAGGGAUGCUCUCAAGAUAGGUGUAUGUGCUAGAGUGCUUAACAUUGUUAAUGCAACCAUUGGCCGCCCACCAGUGACUCCAUGCUGCAACUUAAUUCAAGGGUUGGCAGACCUUGAAGCUGCUGUUUGUCUUUGCACUGCAAUCAGAGCAAGCAUUUUGGGCAUCAAUAUAAACCUCCCAAUUAAUCUCAGCCUCCUGCUUAACGUUUGUAGCAGAAAUGCUCCUCGUGGAUUCCAGUGUCCCUAAUUUACUCCAUUAUAGAACUUCAAAAAGGAAGGAAAAACAAAGGAGGAAGAAAGAAGUUAUUUUACUUUUCUGUUUAUUGCAUGUCCUUGAUUUGCUUGUUUUGCAGCUAUAAAAGUCUCUUGUUUGUGUGCUUGUAUGUGUUUUCGUUUGUAUUGAUAGUGUCUGUCCCUUUUUGGGUUGAAUCUUUACUCAAAUUAUCAAAAAUGUAUUGCUGAUCUUGAAGAUAUUUGUAGGUGUAAUUUCUUCUGGGGAAUAAAAUAUUUAUUGCAUCCCCUCUCA